ACAGAGAAGUGAGAGUGUGGGUACGGUGAUGUGACGCUGUUUGUUCAUCUGUUUUCGUGGCCCGUUUGUUACUGUUGCAACAUCUAUUUAAAUGAAAUAUUUAGAUUUUAAUAUGCAUUUCGUUAGAACUAUACUUGUACUCAUUAUUUGCGUUUGCAUUUACUGUGAGUUUAUCGGUGUUAACGAAAAUGUGGAGGAAGAAAGCUUGUUAACAGUCACUGCUACUGGCGAUCAAGGGCCUUGCGUGGUGGUGGACAGCUUGUGUCUGCCCGAGGAGGACGUGAGCAGCUAUGAAGCCAUCAGGUCACUGCACCGCCUCCUUGAUGACGACAAGAGCGGCCAGAUCGACAUGAACGAGUCCGUCGAGUUCCUGAAGGAGGAGCUGACGAUCACGGACGGCUACAACAGCCGUCAGAGGAACCUGCACAACAACAGCGACCGCUUCAUCUCUGUGGAGGACCUCUGGUUCAUUUGGAAGCGCAGCGAGGUGCACAAUUGGACUGUGGAGGAGACGGUGACGUGGAUGAGCGAGACGGUCGGCCUGCCGCAAUAUGCUGACACCAUCGUGUCUCAUGGCAUCAACGGCUCCUACCUGCCCAGCCUCAUGAAGCUGCUUGCCCUCAGCAAGUGUCACGCGCUUCAUGACGGUGACUCGGACAGGCUGACGAUGAACAGGGGCAACUACCUGGGCACGGAGCUGGGCAUCAAGGGCCUCUCCCACCGCACUAAGGUUACCGUCAAGGCUAUGGAUGCCGUGCUCUUCGGGCCACCCAAAGUGAGCCGCAACAAAGACCUUCUGAUCGCCGGGCUAGUGACCGUCAUUUUACUGGGUCUUGGUUACAUCAUCCACCGCAACCACAAAAUGCGCAGCUACCACACACGUCUCAUCAUGCAAAUAGAGGAGCUGCAGCUGGAGGAGGCAAAAUACAGACAGUCUUCAUCUAAGGGCGGCGACAAGCACGCCGAGGUCCUGACUUCCGACUCGCAGAACGACGCUCCGGACAGCGGCGUAAUGGGCGACAUCUCUGACCUGAGUUCGACGCACGAGGAAGACUACGACACGUACGACGGGGGGCGCCAGGGGAGCAGCGAGGACGCCCCUGACUCUGUGGACACGUGCGGAUACUGCGACGACGACUACAGCCAGACGGGCGGCUCCGGCACCCCGCCUCAGGGCAGCGAGCUGGACCGCGCCUCCCUCGUGCACUGGCUCCAGGUCACGUACCAGAAGGAGAAGCACGUGCUCGACGUCAAGAGGAAGCAGGCGCAGCGAGAGUUCGCUAAAGCUAAUGAAAUUUGCAACAAGCUGCGCGCCCAGGGCAAGAACCCCCUCAACCUGUUCUCGCUCAUGCACGGCAAGAUGGACAACGUCGAGAAGACAAUUUCUCUAGCCAGAGCGACGAUGCAAGAGGUGCAGCGUGACGAGAAUGAGCGGCAGGACCGCUGGUCCGAGAUCGAGCGUCUGCUGGAGUGCAACAUCCGACGCAUGGCUGAGCUCCACAACGUCAUGGGCUCGUACACGAGCCUCCAGACCACCGCCACGGCCCCUGGCGAGGCCUCGAACAUAGUUGGCCAGCUGCUAGGUAGCCAGUCCGCCCUUAUGUUCCUGACUAUGGGAGGCUACCCUGCGCUGCUGGGCUCGGGGGACCCUAGAGCGGCACCCCCAAGCUCCAGCAGUGCAGGGGCUCACUCUUCUGGGGGCAACCUGUUCACCACAGUCACCUCACCUUCGUCUUCCUCAAACCUACAACACUCAUCCCCCUACUCGACCAUGACCUCACUGCAGCAGCUACAGCAGGAGCUGUGGUGUGGCGGUGCAGGGGCCUGGGGGCGCGCAUGUAACUCUGUCCCUCCUCCCUCUGCAGCAGAGACCAGGAGCAGCGCUCUUAAGGCCGCUCUGGCGCGCUGCCCCCCACACAACCUCUCGAUGCAGCACAGCGCCACCGCCUCCACAGAGUUGGGCGGUCGUUGCGAAGACGAGGUAGACAGCAUCAGCCUGCCGCGGAGUUCUAGUGUGGGCAGCACGACGGCGAAUCGCCUGCCUUCGUCCUCUUCACACCAGCACCUGAGCAGCGAGCACGCUGACGCAUCGUCGUCGUACAGCCACGGGUCCUCGUCAUACGGCCACGCCGGAGUCGCGAGACCUCCACUCAGGAAACCUCGUCGCAUGAAGGCCUCCUCUGUCAAACUCGCCCCCUGCAACGGAAUCAUCCCGAGCGCUGCGAGUGUCAUCACCACUCCACCGCCCGUCGCCUCCAUACCUGAGGCGCCCAACAAUGUCUCUGAUAACCCUGAGUGCCCCUCUCACCAGACAGCUCUCUUUUCCAUGGGGGGAAGCCCCCUCACGAUGCCCCCCUCAAGCUCCUCGCCGACCCCCCUUCAGGAGUCUCCGGCGUCCGAUUUGUUAACCCCCGUUGCCCAGGUGGUGCAGCUUGGCGGUGUAAGCGGUAGCAGCAGCGACCCUGCACUCAGCAGCGCAGGGGCCCUACCUUCCCACCACCGCACCCUCUCCCAACUCCCCUCCCCCAUAGACCCUAAACUCGCCCCCUCCUCUAAAGCAAGGGUUAAGAAGAAGUCCUUCCUCGAACGCCUCGCCAGCACCCGCAAAAGCUUUCAAAUUAAGAGCUCAAAAAGCUGAAUUGCCCUAGCUUAUGUCCUGCAUGUAAAUAUCAUUAUGAAAUAAUGGUUAUGUAACUCAACCAGGCUUAGGUGCGGUUAUGGUUGCAUUAUAUAAGCGUUGUUAUUAUACCAGAGGUACUAUGUACGUUGCUCGAUCGUCGCUCUCAGGUGUUGCUGUUAGUAUGCAUGCUAUUCACCCGGAUGCGCUUGCUCUAAGUUGGGUAUUAUUUAUUUGUGAAGUAAUGUGGAGAGCUAUCACGUUUGGAUGCCGUUCUCUAGCUUGUAGGUUACAACGGUGCAGUUAUUUAUCAUUUCCUUGCUAAAUAUAUUAUGGUAUGAUGUUUAUACACAAUUAACAUUGCCUGAACACAUAAGUUGCCUGUCAUGUAGCUCCAGUAGAUAGUUUUGAGUCCUGCCACUACACAGGCGAGUUCCCACUUUUGUCCGAUAUCAUCUGUAAAAGGCUUACGUUGGCUAAUUAUAACUCAAUGGACUCCACGUAGUCCGUUCACUUUUUUCCGUAUUUAGUCGAAGGAAAAUCUGUUCGAGAGCAAACCUCGACGAAGAAUCGUAAUUUGACUUCGUGGGAGCUACAAAAUGGACGGGUUUCACGUUGUAAAAAUUUUCAUUUAAAUUAAAAAAGCAAAAUUAACAUUAUUAUAA